AUUAAGAUGGCGGCCUUUGGCGGGGAGCGGUGGCUAAACGACUUACCAAAUCAUAUCGUUUUCAAAAAAAUACGUGACAAGUUAGAUUCCGGGGCCAACAAAAACGAAAGAGGGGUCGCCAAAAACCUCACCUUUUGUUUGGGUGGGGAUUUUUUCGUAUGGGAUGAUGCAGACCGCGUGUUUUACACGACCAACUUGAGACAGUUGAACUCGGAUGACAGUCGCAGUUGCGGGAAAUAUCAGACGUUGCUGUGCAUCAACCCUCCGCUCUUCGAGGUGUGCCAGGUUUUGCUAAGUCCAACGCAGCACUACGUCGCGCUCGUCGGGCAGCGGGGCGUCUCUGUGCUGGAACUUCCUCAGCGGUGGGGUAAGAGGUCCGAAUUCGAGGGCGGACGGAGCGAAAUCAACUGCAAGACUGUUCCGGUGGCGGAGCGCUUCUUCACCAGCUCACCGUCCGUGAAUCUGCGGCAGGCGGCUUGGUACCCCAGCGUGACCGACGAGCCCCACCUCGUGCUGCUCACGUCCGACAACACCAUCAGGUUCUACGGCUUGAGGUCGCCCCAGACGCCGGCCAAAGUGUUGGCCGUGUCGCAGUCUGAAGAUGACAGCAGCGCCCAUGCUCCGGUCUGUUCCUAUGCAGCAUCUCUGGGCGAGAUAGCAGUGGCGUUUGACUUCGGGCUGAUUUCGAACCCCCCUCGGCAGCUGGCAGCACAGUGGUCCAAACAAGAGCAGGUCUAUCCUCUGUACAUCCUGUACGGAAACGGGGAGACCUAUGUGAGCUACAUGAGCCAGGCAAACGGUGUGAAUGUAAGUAAACCAGUUGGACCCCUCCCCAUGUAUCCUGCAGCAGAGGAUAACUAUGGUUACGAUGCUUGUGCCAUUCUGUGCCUGCCAUGUGUGCCCAGUAUCCUGGUCAUCGCCACAGAAACGGGCACGCUGUACCACUGUGUAGUGCUGGAGUCUGAAGAAGAGGAGGAGACAGGGGGAGUGGAAAAGUGGAUCCAAGGCACAGAGGCAGUGCCAGCUCUCUAUGUCUUUGAGUGUGUCGAGUUAGAGCUCACCCUCAAAGUAGCCACAGGCGAGGAUGAGGAGCCUCAAGAGUUUGAUUUCACCUGCCCAAUCAGGCUGCACAAAGACCCCCUGUGCCAGCACAGGUAUCAUUGCACCCAUGAAGCAGGUGUGCACAGUGUGGGGCUAAUCUGGGUCAACAAGCUGCAGAAGUUCCUCAAGUCAAAUGAGGAGAAUAAGGACAGUCUCCAGGAGCUGGCAGCUGAGAAGCGCUGUAUUGUAGAGCACAUUCUUUGUACCAGGCCUCUCCUAACCAGUCAGUCAGCUCCAGUUCGUGGCUUUUUGGUUGUGUCUGAUCUUUCCCUGGGUGCCACCAUGAUCUGCAUCACUAGCACCUACGAGUGCAUCCUGUUGCCCCUGCUGAGCUCUAUUCGCCCUCCCUCGCCUCCCCUGCUCUGUUCCAAUCCGGGUCCAGGGUCUGCUAGCUCCCCUCUGCGUGGGCUGGCCAAUGACUCUUUUGAGCAGCACAUCCGCAACAUCCUGGCACGCAGCUCCACCAAUCCUCUUGUACUCAAGGCGGGGGACAAGGACACAUCUCCACCACCAGCAGAGUGUCUGCAGCUCCUCAGCAGAGCCACACAGGUCUUCCGUGAGGAGUACAUUCUCAAGCAGGACAUGGCCCGCGAAGAGAUGCAGAGAAGGGUAAAACUCCUGAGAGGCCAGAAGAACAAGCAGCUGGAAGAGCUGUCUCUGUGCAGGGAGGAGAGGAAGAGUCUGAGAGAGGCAGCAGAGAGGUUGGCUGAUAAGUAUGAAGAUGCAAAGUAUCGCCAAGAAACCAUUAUGAACAGGGUUAAAAAAGUGCUGGGCAGUCUCCAAAGCCAACUGCCCAUUCUGUCCAACAGUGAAAAGGAUAUGAAGAAGGAACUCCAGACCAUCAGUGACCAACUGAAACACCUGAACAACUUAAUCAAACAGGUGAACAUGAAGAUGGAGUACCAGAAGACGCAAGUAGACAAGGAUGUGCCUGGAGCCAGGACAACGGUGUCACUCAACGCCCACCAGAAGAAAGCUGUUCAGGAUGUCCUUAGAGAACAGGGACAGCAAAUUGGUGACAUGAUGAAGCAGAUAAAAGACAUCAAAAACCAUUCCAGUUUCUAAGAACUGCAAAAAUCACAAUAAAAUGUUUAGCAGUCAGUUGUUAAAUCUGCGGUUUUUGUGUCAUUUGAGGAGAAGCUGGCAUCAGUUCGAAGUGAAUGUUCCGUGUGUGGAAUGGGUAUCUGAAUUGAGAGAUAUUUUAUAUACUCUGUUUGUCUCUUAAUAGGGAUACUAUAGGUUUGCCUUAAUGUGUUGCAUGUGUUACAGUUUGUAUAGAUUUACUUCAGUGUCAAAUGUCAAGGUUUGAGUCAGUGAUUCAUUCAGAGCAGAGAAAAGCUUACCAAACUAUUUUCAACAUACGUUCACUUUUUGGAUAAAUAACACGCUCUAAAGUUUUCUAUUACUGACUUUAUGCAUUUAUUAACUGCAUUGUUCAAUAUUUUUGAUAAGUGAAAUUACAGGUGAAUGAAAAAAUACUGAAAAAAAAAUGUUCUAAAAUAAAAUUUCAAUUACA